AUAUUAGAUUCAUACAUCAGCAGUGAAAUCUGUUUGUAGUCCUUCAAGAUAUUGUACUUAACUUUUUAACAGAUUUAUUCAGUAAUUAUUUGUCAACAAUUGUGUGUUAAGAGUUGUGAAUUGAACACAUUGUCAUUACAGAACAGGACAGGACAUAAGGCUAAAAUGAAUCCAGGACAUUCUUUAGAAUUUCCUUUGAAAAAUGAAACUGAAGGUGCAUUAUCCCUACCUUCCAUAAAUCAAGAAAACAGCAACUUGGCUGCCUUUAGUGGAACCAGUGAUGGAGACUUUAUGUCUCUGGAUUCAUUGAUGGACAUCAAAAUAGAGCCAGAGGAAUUCCAUGAGUCUAAUGAGGAUGAUGAAUUUUCAUAUGAAAAACAUCUACAAACUUGCAAAAAGGAAGUAAAACAAGAAAGAAGGAUCCGUGACAAUGGAGAGAAGCCUUUCGUAUCCACUGACUGUGAGAAAGCACUUUACAAGAAAAUUAAUCUUACAAAUGAUAUCACAAAUCCUACCAGAGAGAAAUUCAAAUGCAAUGACUGUGGGAAAGCAUUUUCCCACAAAAUACAUCUUAUAGUUCAUAUGAGAAUCCAUACCGGAGAGAAGCCAUUCAUAUGCAAGGAAUGUGGGAAAGCAUUUUCCUUGAAACAUAAUCUUAUAGUUCAUAUGAGAAUCCAUACAGGAGAGAAGCCAUUCAUGUGCAACGAAUGUGGGAAAGCAUUUUCCCAGAAACCAAAUCUUACAAGUCAUAUGAGAAUCCAUACAGGAGAGAAGCCAUUCAUGUGCAACGAAUGUGGAAAAGCAUUUUCCCAGAAACUACAGCUUGCAAGUCAUAUGAAAAUCCACACUGGAGAGACACCAUUCAGAUGCAAGGUAUGUGGGAAAGCAUUUUCCCACAAACCAAGUCUUACAAGACAUAUGAGAUUUCAUACUGGAGAGGAAGCCAAUAUAAUGUGCAAGGGAAGUGGGAAAAGAUACCCACCAAACCAAAUCUACAAGUCAUAUGAGAUUUCAUACUGGAGAGAAGCCAUAUAUUCCUAUGAGAAUUGCCAUACUGGAGAGAAGCCAUAUAUGUGCAAGGAAUGUGGGAAAGCAUUUACCCACAAACCAAAUCUUACAAGUCAUAUGAGAUUGCAUACUGGAGAGAAGCCAUAUAUGUGCAAGGAAUGUGGGAAAGCAUUUUCCCUGAAAUCAAGUCUUACAAGUCAUAUGAGACUGCAUACUGGAGAGAAGCCAUAUAUGUGCAAGGAAUGUGGGAAAGCAUUUUCCCACAAACCAAGACUUACACAUCAUAUGAGGUUGCAUACUGGAGAGGAAAAAGAAACAACAUGUUGAAAUAAACCAGUUAAGUGCAGAGAUGUCUCAAAUGACCAACUAUAUGUGAGAUCAAAAUCACUGAUAAAAUCUGCUCAAGAAAAUAAGGAAAAUAAAGAAAAAAUACAGAAUAGGGGAUGAACAAAUGAGUGGAAAACUGGCAGAUCAACAAGCCAAUAUAAAGGCCCUAGCUUCACAAAUAGGAAAAAGACCAGGCAGAUAAACGUAAAACAGAUAAAUAGGCAGUUUGGUGAAAAUCCAAAGAUUCUGUAUAGGAAGAUUAUGAAAGAAACAGUGGAGGUAUGAACAUCACCGAGCAAGGAAUACCUAGAGAAAUUUUGGAAGCCACUGUUUGAAGACCCUAGACAACACCAAGAGAAUUCAUGGAUUGACACCAUUAGGCAGAAGAACAGCCAGAAACAGAAAAUGCCACCAAUAAGGUUCUCCAUCAAAAAAGUAACAAAGAAAAUAAAAGAAUAUAAUAAUUUCAAGAUAACAGUAAUAGACGAGAUCCAAGACUGAGCUCCCUAAAAGCUCAGAGACUGAG